ACGGUGCCGAUUUCUCGUCGGCCGCAUGUGUAGACAGGUGUGAAUUCGGUGGUUAUGAUGUGUGGUGGUGGUGGUGGGGACGCAUUGAGUGGCGGUUUCGAGGCGAGGAAGCGGGAUACGAGAUAUUCUUGAAGGCGGGCUGCUGUUGCGUAGGGAAUGAGGCCUCGUAGGUGGAUGUGGUGCAGCUUGUGCGGGACAGAGCUUGCCAUUGCUGCCGUCGCAAGUCUUCCAAGAUGAGUGUCUGGGAUCUGGGGACCUUUGUAUCGUCUUAUCGAUAAGAGUUUGUAAGUUAACGCGACGCGACUCGACUUUGCGACUGCGAGGACAUUGACUGCAUUCUACGCACAACAACGAGUGCCCGCUCUACUCAUUGCACCACUAUGGCAGGAAUCAAGCGAUCAAUCAACGGACAAGCCAAACCCCAGAACCAGCCUCAACAGCCGGAAGAUGUAGCCAUGACAGAUGCGACACCACCAUGUGGACAGCCGCAAGCACCCUCCAGCAACAUCACCUCGUACGGCACCACAACAGCAAUGCAGACGAAUCCACCAAAACUGGCAUCUCACACAAACAAUCCACCCUCAAAGUCUGCGCCAGCGAAACAGCCUUCCAAGCCUCGCUCCGCAACCCAAAAUCCCCGCCAAAAGCUCGCCAGACUGCCCAAAAACACAACAAUAAGCACCCGGCCCCUCCUCCACGCCCCUGUACCAACUCCUUUCUCCUCAUCCGCUUCCCCAAAAGCCCUCUACAUAACCGCCACGUCACCGUACGUACCCGCACUGAAACGGAUCCGGAAGCUGCUCAUGCAGAUAACCAAGCGCGAGAAGCAAUCUGCCGCGUCGUUGAACAAGGCAGGAAGAGGAGGAGAAGGGAGAGGCGGAAGACGAUAUGCACAAGCGAAUGGACGGUUAGAAGCGAGGGAUGUAGAGGCUGAGAUCGCGGGGGCGAUGAGUAGGGAGGGUGGUGACGGUCGUGGUGCGAAUAAGGGCAGUGCAGGUGGUGUGGGUGGGAGUGGGAUUGGUGAUGGCAAGGGAGAAAAAGUCCAUCUUAAAGCGACGGGGCGGGCGAUACCGAGGGCGUUGGAGAUAGGAUUGCAUUUCCAAGGCGAAGAGGAUUGUUGGAUCAAGGUUGAGAUGGGAAAUGUGAGUGCGAUUGAUGAUGUUGAGGUUAAGGAUCGGACGGCAGAAGACGAGGGUGGGGAAGAGGGGAUGGGACAAGUAGAGCAGGAUGCGGAUGAUGUGCCGGAGACGAGGAUACGCAUGUUGAGUUCGGUCACUGUUACUAUUGGCUUGAAGUAACGUACAAGUCACGACAGUCUUGGUUCACUAGAGAGAAGUAGAUACCCAGGCAAUUCACAAAACGUUUCGUGAGUCAAGUAUGUGUCAUUGAAGUGUAUGUGAAAAACCUUCUCCAAUUGCUCUCCUAAUCCCAAUCUCUCUGCCCACCUAUUUAUCGUGGAUCUCCCAAUUCCCAAGCCAGCAAACAAAGGAGAUGAAAAGGAAAAGCUAGUCGUGUUUACAAAAGAAAAGGGUUCAUCGUUGGCUGACCACAGUGCAUGACUGUUUGGACUAGAAAGAGUCCUGCAAUGCUUCCCACCCUUCCGAAAGAGAGAAACGCCUGGAAGGUCAGAGGCUGACACUAUGAGUCCUGAACGCCAAUAGAACGAAAGAUACUGAUGCAUUACCCGUUAACUACGCCGAAAAGA